AUGGUGUCGGGGAUGUCGGCGACGACAGAGGCGUGGAGAAGAAGAAAGGGUCGGAGGCGACAGAUGGCCAACGGAAACAGUGAGGCGUCAUUAGCUGUGUUGGCGGCAUCUCCGACGGAUGAGGCUGCUGCUGGUGCCGUGUGGAGAAGGAAGAAGAAGGUCGAUGCAACGGGGAAAAAAGGUUUGUCGCCACUUCAGAAAUGCACAGCAGUUACUCGUCAAUUGGCGUAUGGAGUCCCAACUGAUCAUUAUGAUGAGUAUCUACGAAUUGCUGAAACAACUGCUAUCCAAUGUUUAUUCAGCUUUUGUCGAUGUGUAAUUGAAGUGUUUGGGGCUCAAUAUUUAAGAAGACCUAAUGCUGCUGAUAUCCAACACUUGCUUAAAAUGCAUGAGCAGAGAUAUGAUUUCCCUGGCAUGUUGGGCAGUCUUGAUUGUAUGCAUUGGCAAUGGAAAAAUUGUCCCGUCGCUUGGAAAGGCCAGUUUACUCGAGGAGAUCAUGGCAUCCCAACAAUUGUGCUCGAAGCCGUUGCAUCUUCGGACUUGUGGAUAUGCCAUGUCUUUUUUGGAAUUGCAGGGUCACGAUACUAUCUGACCGAUGGGAUCUAUCCAGAAUGGGCUACUUUCGUCAAGAGUGUUCCAUGUCCCCAGGAUCUCAAGAGAAAAAUAUUUAAGGAACGACAGGAGGCCGCGAGAAAGGAUGUCGAGAGGGCAUUUGGGGUGCUCCAAUCACAAUGGGCAAUGAUAAGAGGUCCAAGACGAUUUUGGUACAAGGAUAAUUUGAAGGACAUCAUGUAUAUCUAUGUUAUUUUACACAACAUGAUUAUUGAGAAUGAGGGAGAUGCAAUAUCAACGAAAGAGUUCUCAGUUGAUUCUAAUCACGAUGGAGGCCCUUACACAGGAGACGAGCUGCUCUUUGAUCCGCUCUAA